CAUGACGGACUGUGCAGUGAAUUCAGAACACCUUGGAGAGGAAGAACUGGAUGAAAAAGACUCAUGUGAAAAAUCAGAGGAGCUAAAACAGGAAACUAUGUCUCCUGAAAAUAUGAAGUUUAUUUUACUGGAAGUAGCAUCCUCAUUGCUGUUCUCUGCGAUGGACCAGCUGAAGACUCAUUCCUGUACUAAAGCUGAGAAUCUAGAACUGACUCUAGAAUCCAGACUUCUCGGAGCCAAUCUCCACCUGCAGGAAAGAAAUGUUGUACUUAGCGUUAAGGUUGCGUUUUCAACUUUGAAGCUGCUGCAGACUUUACCUGUCCUUGAAGAUGAACUUGAGGCUGACUUUCCCAUAGCUGUUGAGGCUAGAGAGAGGAUCAGUGUUUAUAUGUGGCUGCGCUGCCGCUUGACCCUGGCUCAAAUUCUGGUUGGCAACAUCCACGAAGCUGCUGCUUUGUUUCCAGGUAAGAACAUAAACGAGGAAGCGGCUAUGGUGGUGCAGGAUGGUGUGGAAGAAUGUGUCAGAUGGGGWGACAGUGACUUUCAAGCCCUGUUGAUGCUGGAGGGAGCAGAACUGGAAGCAAAGAGAGGCAGGACAGACGACAGCCUGCCAAUGCUGCAGAGAGUUGUGAGCCUCCUGACAGGACGGACCCACAUGCCACCCGUGUCCUUUGUGACUCUGUCUCGAGCAGUUUUGUUGAGCAGUGACCUAAGAGGAGCGGAGAGUAUCACACUUCUCCAGCUCACACAGAAACUCCUCAAACAACAGCUGCGUGUUUUCAAUCAAACUGUGACUUCUGUUGAUGGAAGGAUCUCUCCUGAAUCCAUCAACAUCUACCUCCCUUACCUUGACAUGCUGAACAAGAUUAAUCUGCAGAUUGAUUCCACCCUAAAACUUGAAAACAAGGGAAGACCAGUUUCUGGUGGAUCAUCUCAGUCCACCAGCAGAGCCAGACUGGACGAAUCCUUUCUUUGAAGAAUUCAACCACUUCCAGUUCAAAGUGAUGUGAUUCAUUUAGGAUAGCUGUGUCAAUGUCACUUUGAAAAGCUGAUGAUUUUGUGUGUGUGUUGUUAAGUAGAGCAAUAUUGUAAACAAACUUAUAUAGUAGUUCAUUGCCAACUUUUUUUUAGUAUUUACAUGUUAUUCUAAAACUGUUCAGAUGUUCUGAGAAAAAGAUAUGAAAAAACAGUGGUUACACUUAGAGCAUACUUUGGUUAUCUUUAUUUGAAGAACUGGUGUUCUUAAUAUUUUUUGUAAUUGAUUCUGUAUUCUCUGCAAUGUACAAGGACAAUUUGGUCACUAGAAUGCAGGUGAAAGAUGAUCACAAAGUUUGGGUUUUUCUUUAAAACAAGAUUGAGGCAUUGUUUUUAUUUAUUUAUUGCCGAUCUGUUAUUGCCUACUGUCAAAACCGUAAGCUAUAUACAUGAAAACAAUUUAGAAAUAUAUAUAAUUAGAAUAGCUAGUUAAUUGGAUCCCGGAA